UAUGAAUCCCCUUUUUAAUCAACCCAUCCCCAUAACCAGAUAAACUCAAAAUCCAGCCCCACCCUUCCAACAAAAUCCUGGAAAUUAAUAAAAUCCUAUUCAGCCAUAGACAUUAAACAAGGGUGGUUUCCCUAACCAAAACCAAAAUAUGAUAGGAAUCCCAAAUAUGAUAGGAAAUCAAAAUCUGAUAGGAAACCCAAAUGUUAUGGGUACUAUAGUAAACCAAAAUCCUAUAAUGCCGCAAAAUCCAAUUUAGCUUAAUAAGAAUUAAGAUAAUAAUUAAAAGAUGGAAUUAGUAGAGCAGUUGAAUAUAGUUGUGCGUGAAGCAAAGGAAAGACGAGCUAAGAUUAUGGAUUUUUACGAAAAAGUCAAAUAUUGAAUGGUAU